GAGGAUCUCUCCAACAUGCUGAAAGGAGACAUAUAGCGGGCUAUCGGAGCAGUAACCGUAGUUAAUGCAUACAAAAUCGUUUCUACUCGAGGAGCAGAAGACAAUUGGUGUAUAGAUAGAGUUCACUAGUGGUGCAUACAUACUCUACUGACCAUGGAUGGAUAGUACUGGCGAUUUGUUCUAAGUACGGAGCCAGUGGUCACUUACAUACCUACGUGGGUGUCACUGCUGACCCACGGUGAUACUUACCUGGACUGUCUGACGCCUGUUGCACACAUUUGUAAACAAACGGCGAUCAGGGAUAAGAACUGCGGAUCUUAUUUACAGAUGAUAUUACAAUGAUGAUGUCCAUUUUAAGUGUGCUAUAACAUAGGAUAAAUUCCUGGACUUCGAAAUAAAGUGAAGAAAAAAUCUGGAGACUUUUUACCCUCCAACAUUUUUGGACAUCUAUAACUGAUACCAACACCUUUUGAUAUUAAAACACUGACUAUGCUUCUGGAAGGGGGAUCGGCAGAUAUGUUGGCUGCGCAAUCUAAGAUCUUGUUCCAAUUGAACAAGUACUAUAAUGAACGGGUGCAGUCACGGCAGGGUGCCACCAUGAAGACCAUACGCGAGGUGUGCAAGGUGGUGCAGGAUGUGCUCAAGGAAGUAGAAGUUCAGGAACCUCGGUUCAUCAGCUCUUUGAAUGAAGCCAAUGGACGAUAUGAGGGGUUGGACGUUGUUUCUCCUACCGAAUUUGAGGUAGUGCUCUAUUUAAACCAAAUGGGUGUAUUCAAUUUCGUUGACGAUGGUACGAUACCCGGUUGUGCCGUGUUGAAGUUAAGCGAUGGCCGAAAACGGUCAAUGUCGCUAUGGGUGGAGUUUAUCACGGCGUCUGGGUAUCUCUCCGCCAGGAAAAUAAGGUCCAGAUUCCAAACAUUAGUGGCACAAGCAGUGGACAAAUGUAGUUAUAGGGACAUCGUAAAAAUGGUCGCUGACACAACAGAGGUUAAGCUUCGGAUUAAGGAAAGGUUUGUGGUGCAAGUGACCCCAGCUUUCAGGUGUGGCGGUAUCUGGUGUCGUAGUGCUGCACACUGGCCGGUACCCCAUAUACCCUGGCCAAACCCGAACCUCGUAGCAGAGGUCAAGACAGAGGGAUUCGAUCUACUAUCCCGUGAAAGCAUCUACAUGAAGGACAAACAGAGUGCGGCCGAAGGAGAUGCAUGGGCCAUGUCGUUCAAGUAUGCUGAGGACAGACUUCUGUAUGGGGGGUGCAGACGGAAGUGUCUAAGUAUCAUGAAAACCUUCCGCGACAGACACCUUGACAUUCCGGGACAACCCAUCACCUCUUAUAUCAUGAAGACUCUACUUCUGUACGAAUGUGAAAAACACCCGCGCGAAAUCGAGUGGGACGACACGUGCUUGGGUGACAGACUGAACGGUAUCUUGCUUCAGCUGAUUUCGUGUUUACAGAACAGGAGGUGUCCACAUUACUUUCUACCAAACGUGGACUUAUUUAAGGGCAAGACCACAUCCGGAAUGGACAAUGCUGCAAAACAAGCGUGGCGGAUUCUCCGGGAACUUUUAACGAAUCCAAAAAGUUUAGAAAAGCUUUAAAUGUAUUUUGUCUGUGAUGUGUGUUCGAGGAACGCUGAAUGGUUUAUCAUACAGGAUGUCCAGUAUUGACAGGAAUUCAUCGUAAAUUGAGGUGUAUGGUUUCCCUAUCUAUCAACCAGGCAAAGGGCAUUGGGAUAAGGCUGGUAGGAAUAUCAAUCAAAAUAGAAUAAGAUUUAUUAUUAGAAAUAAAACAUGCAUACUUAAAAAUAGUUCUGAAAUAUAAAAGUAAUUUUAAUGCUUUAGCAUCAAUUUUAUUUUGAUUUUGGUGACAUAUUUAUGUCGGAAAGUAGAUUUAUAGACGCUUUAAUUGUGUUGCUAGCUGACAAAACAUAUAAAUCUGAAUAAGUUGUAUUGCAAGUCAUUAUAUAGUAUUUGUUGUGUAAUUCAGAGUGUAAACUGGGAGAUAUAUAUACGAGGGAGAUUAGAUUGAGGGGGAACGGAGAGGGGGGCAGCAGCUGAUAUUUGUCACCAGUGCACGGUGAAAGAGUACGGGGACUCCAGAUACACUGACUCUGAUUUACACCGGACUUCUGGUGCAUUUUGUGGUGUAAUAUCUCUAUAUAUGGAUUUAUACAGUGGAUUGAAAACGCUUGGAACAGAUUGCUAAUCUCGGUGAGUGCUAAUGUAAUGAAUUUCGAAAGUAAAAACUAAAGCUUAGUGUAUGUCUUUCGUUCAUGAACAUAUAUCAAAUAUAAACGGCAACCUGGCGUGUUAAUUCGGUGCAGUAUGAUAAUAAAUAAUUCUAUUACGAUAAGCAAGUUCUUUAAUACCAAAGAUAAGAGAGUUUCUUGAGGAGGAGUACUGGAUUAAUUUAUGAAUGUGUUUUAAAUAUUUGCCGAUGGAUAAACUGUUGGCAUGUGAAAAAAAUGAGUGAUUGUUUUGAUAAAACUGAUCUAAUUUGAGCGCUACAUUGCGUAACUUGUUAGUUGUUAAGAUACAAUGUUGUUGUUGUCUUUUGUGUAUUUUCUUUUAAAUAAUGAGUGUACAUGGAUGAACAGAUUUUUGACUUCUAAGUUAUUAAAGUGUUCACAAACACUUGCUUCUUAAAAAUUCCAUUUCAUGUCAAAAAAGAAAUAUGUACAAAAAAUUAAAGACGAAUUCAACAGAU